CCGACCUCAAUCCGCACGCGCGCGCACCGCCGUGGGCUGAGCCGCGGCGGCGGGGGAGCCCGGAUCCGGACCUAGGGUUUUCGGCCGCCAGCCCGCCCGCCCGCGCGCGCGCGCCAUGGAGUGGGACAGCGAGUCCGACGGCGCCGCCAGCGCGGGGAGCGGGGACGAGAUGGAGGAGCAGGAAACGGGAGGGGAGCUGGUCGUCGGGGGCGGUAGCGGCAGCGAAGGCGGCAGCGGAGGAGGCGACGGGGUCGGCGGGAUGUUCACGUUCGCGAUCGAGGGGAUGCUCCGCGGGGCGGGGCCCUACGGGCUGGUCGUCACCGACGCGCUCGAGCCCGACUGCCCCAUCAUCUACGUCAACCGCGGCUUCGAGGACGCCACCGGGUACCGCGCAGAGGAGGUGCUCGGCAGGAACUGUCGGUUCCUGCAAUGUAGAGGCCCAUUUGCUCAAAGAAGGCACCCCUUGGUUGAUGCUGCUGUAGUUUCUGGUAUUCGAUUAUGCAUUGACAACGGUACCCAGUUCCGCGGUGAUUUGCUAAAUUUCAGAAAAGAUGGCUUUCCAUUGAUGAACAGAUUGCAUAUGACCCCUAUAUAUGGAGAUGAUGAUAUCAUAACUCACUAUAUGGGCAUUCAGUUCUUCACCAAUGCCAAUGUUAAUUUGGGACCAUUACCUGGCUCAUUUACAAGGGAACCUGUGAGAUCCACACGGUUUGCUCCAGAUAACUCUUUCCGACCCAUAUCCACGGGACCAGGACAGAGCAACUUCUGCCGGGAAUAUUCUAGUCUCUUCCAGUUGACUGAUGAAGUACUUUGCCAGAGUAUCCUGUCAAGGUUGUCACCAAGAGAUAUAGCAUCUGUGAGCUCUGUGUGUAGACGGUUGUAUGACUUGACAAAGAAUGAAGAUCUUUGGAAAAUGGUUUGCCGUAAUGCAUGGGGUAGUGAGACUACACGAGCUAUUGAGACAGUGCCUGCCGCAAGAAGAUUGGGCUGGGGACGUCUGGCGAGAGAACUGACCACCCUGGAAUCUGUUGCCUGGAGGAAAUUGACAGUUGGAGGUGCAGUGGAGCCAUCCAGAUGCAACUUCAGUGCUUGUGCUGUAGGGAAUCGUGUCGUUCUGUUUGGUGGGGAAGGUGUUAAUAUGCAACCAAUGAAUGAUACUUUUGUGUUGGAUUUGAAUGCCAGCAAUCCAGAAUGGAGACAUAUCAAUGUAAGUGCAGCUCCUCCAGGUCGCUGGGGCCAUACACUAUCCUGCCUAAAUGGAUCUUGGUUAGUUGUCUUCGGUGGGUGUGGAAGGCAGGGCCUGCUAAAUGAUGUAUUCAUAUUGGAUUUGGACGCAAAGCACCCAACUUGGCGUGAGGUUCCUGGUGUUGCACCACCGGUACCACGUUCAUGGCACAGCUCCUGCACUUUGGAUGGGACGAAGUUGGUGGUUUCUGGUGGCUGCGCCGACUCAGGUGUACUACUCAGUGAUACAUAUCUUCUUGAUGUAAGCAUGGACAGACCUGUGUGGAGGGAAGUACCUGCAUCUUGGGCACCACCUUCUAGAUUGGGUCACUCAAUGUCUGUCUAUGAUGGUAGGAAAAUUCUGAUGUUUGGUGGUCUUGCUAAGAGUGGUCCUCUCCGAUUGCGGUCUAGUGAUGUGUUCACAAUGGACUUAAGUGAAGAAGAGCCCUGCUGGCGGUGCCUCACUGGGAGUGGAAUGCCUGGGGCAGGAAAUCCAGCUGGAGCUGGUCCACCUCCUCGUCUUGAUCAUGUUGCUGUGAGCUUGCCAGGGGGAAGAGUGUUAAUAUUUGGUGGAUCAGUGGCAGGCCUCCACUCGGCAUCACAGCUGUAUCUUUUGGAUCCGACAGAAGAAAAACCUACCUGGAGGAUACUCAAUGUUCCUGGGCGACCUCCACGGUUUGCCUGGGGCCACAGCACCUGUGUUGUUGGAGGAACAAAGGCGAUAGUGCUUGGAGGACAAACAGGAGAAGAGUGGAUGCUCACUGAAGUACAUGAGCUCUCUCUAGCUAGUAACUCAGUUUGAGGUCCAGCGGUCUUUUCAGCAAACCUCCUUGAAAACAAAUGGCGCCAGGGCCUGAGCACUGAAUGUACAAACUGUGAUACUGAAUCUUUUGGCGCAAAGUUGCUUGUAUUUGCUUGAAACAGAUGAUUGGACCUCAAGUAAGAUUAAACCUCUGCAGUCGGGGUUGCUCGCUUUAUGUAGCUGAUGGGUAGUUGUAUGUUUUUUUUUCUCCUGUUGUUUGUUUUAGUCCUUUACCAGAUAAGUAUAAUUCAUAAGCUACUUGUAUGAAAUGAGUAUCAGUUUUAUGUAUUCUCAGACGAUACUGACAUCAACUCUACUAUUAGGGAAAACAAAGGACUACGUUGUACAGAUGAAUUUUCUUUUGUAUUUUGUGGUACUGUGAUAGUGAUAGGAUGUAUGGGUGUAUCUUUGGUCAA